UUCAGAUCCGUGGUUUCUGCUUCUCCUUCUUCACCCUCUUCGGGGUCUCCAUUUUCUUCCAUGGCCGUUCAAAGCAACGAGAAUCAGCUUUCAUAACCAACCGCAAAUCAAACUAGUAGGAGAACAACUCUCACUCUCGGAUCCGGUGGAUCUUGACGGUGGCUGCUUCGUCGUUCAGAUUCAUAUAUCACUUGCUUCGAUAAGAGAUUUUCUCGCACUUUCCGUUAUUUAGGGAGGAUUUCUUGAUCUGCUAUUGUAGUUUGCGGAGAUAUAAUCUGAUUUGAAUUCGAGGUUUAUAUUAUCUGGAAUCGGCUUUGAAUAUGUGUUCGGAAAUCGAGCUCCUAUUAGAUUUAAGUUGAACGUUGUCUGCUUGGCGCUUAUCUGAUAUAUAGCAAGAGAAGUUUUUGAAGUGUCAGUGCUUUAUUGGUGCAAUCGUUUCAUAAAGUAGUGAUCUUUGGCAUGUUUUGAGACCGAGUAUUAACUUUUGGCUGUAGACUUUCAGUUACUGCUGGAACGACUUUGAAUAGUUUCUAAGUGGAUUUAUCACCAUGGAGAUGCUUGUUGUUGUGGCGCAGCACAGGAAUCAGUACUGUAGUAGGGUCAAACCACAUGGGCCUGCCCGAUUUGAGUCAUCACCGUCUAGGAAUUUCAGAGAGAUCAACUGUAGGACCUUCCAAUCGGGGGCUGGUAUACUCCCAAACCCAUUAAGGUCUUGUUCUACACCUUUAACAAAACGGGCUUCAUAUUCCUCAUCUCCCCCCUCUUCUUUCUCUUCUUCCCCAAAAGAACCAUCACCAACUGCUGUUCCUCACGCUGUUGACAUUACUCAAGGGACAACCACUGUUAAAAGCUUCCCAAUUCCUAUUGCUAAGACCUCCCAUACGAGUGAAAACUCUUUCAGUGAAGAGCUCUCUUACGAAAGGGGGUGUUCUUCAUUCUCAGAAUUGUGGGCGGGUCCUGCUUAUUCGAACUCACCUCCACCAAGCUCUUUGCCAAUUCCAAAAUUUUCUCUCCGGCCAAAGAGGACCGUGUCACUUGAUUUACCUGCAUCUGAUCCUGCUCUCGAAAUUCACCCAAUGGCGAAGUCUGCACCCGCAUCCCCAACCAGGGAACAUAACAUUUCGACUAGAGAGAUUUUUCUUAGUGCCGAUUCUGCCACUAAGACUCUGCGUCGCAUUCUCAAUCUUGACAAUGCUGAUUAGUGAAGGAGCGUUAGACGCCCCUGUAAAUAAAGACUACUUUGGGAAUUUGGUCAGUUAGACUGUAUAUAGCAUAGAGCGAAUAAAUUAGUAGCGGUGUGUGUUGUUCCAAGUUUGUUUAGCUUGUGGUAGUGUUGGUGGUACUAGUGGCAAUCAGUUCUGGCGAGUCGACAGUCUCCAUGUUGUGACUGAAAGUUGAGGGUCAAUAUGAAUUGGGUUCUGAAUUACGAAGUCUCCAGGUUGUGACUGAAAGUUGAGGGUCAAUAUGAAUUGGGUUCUGAAUUACGAAGACUAGAAGAUGAAGCAGAGGAAGUAACGUAAUGGGUAUAGCCACACGGAGGUAAUGUAUUGGGGAAACAUAAGGGAACUAAUGCAAGGAAAUUUGCUCUUCAAGUGAUAGUUGCCUGGAAUCUUAUUCAGCAUGGAUCAGCAAAUUGACUAUGUUCUAAUCUGAGUCCUGAAUAUAUUUAUACUUGGUUACUUGUCUAAGCUUAAGACGAAAAAAUCCCUAGAGCAAUCUCCUCAUAAAAAAAUUGUCCAUUCUCAGUAGUUUUACUUUCUAAUAAACUUUAGGUUUUUGGUUCCAGAUACUUUGUACAUAUUGUAGUUUUCUGACUUGAGUAGUUACAGUAAUUCCUUAGGUGUCUGCCUUUAUUCUUGCUAUCAUCAUCAUCUUCUAAUUUCCUUGGAGUCAUUUCUUUUUAACUGUCGGACUUGAAUUAGACUCUUUCUAGUCCAAUAUUGCUUCAGCUAGCUAGGUAGGUGAUAGUUUCUUAUAACUCUUUUCCUCAAGUCUUCUAUUGCUUGAAUUGGCUGUUCAACAAUCAACGUAACCUCUUGUAUUCUCUGCACUCACCCAUUUCUUUCUGUCCUUGAUAUAGGAUCUGGCUGACUCUUCUCACACCCUUCGAGGGUUUCAUCUCCCCUUCGCCUAUUUUCUGGUUUUUAAGAAGAAAAGAGGGAUGGGGAGGUGAAUGUAGUUCUUUAAUAUCUGCUCCUCAAGUCUUGUUAGGUUCAUCCGUGUUGGCACUCCUGUUAUUAUCCCUUUCGGUUUCUUCGUCUUUUUCUUCUAAUAUAUAUAUAUAUACACACACACAUCCUUUUGAAAAGUUCAUCUUCCUUGGAGAUGGUUGACUCUGCCAAGCUAUUUGCAAGGUAUUUUCUUUCUGAAUCUUCAUAAUUCAUGAUUUUAGCAAUUUCU